GGAGUCACGUCAAGGUGUAUGCCAGGGCCACACGACACUACCCAUCGUUCCGCCGUUGUUGCAUGCUACACGAUCGUGUGCAGCAAAACAACACCACACACAUUGCGGAAUGUCACGCAAGGUUAGCCGUUACACGGGUUGAAGGAUCCUGGAUCGUAAUACACCGCCGGCCGGCCCCGUAUGCGCGUGGGCUGACUACACACGCCCAAGGUGUACAGCGCAUCUGAAAGUCAUCGUGAAUGGCGAGCAGAUUCGUUGAUGGGUCGGGAAAAAGCUAAAAAAUGCUUGACAGACAUCUCGUCGUGAGUUAGGAAGCUUCCGUUCCGUGCCAGACGUCACUUGUUAUCAGGGCUCUUUGUGCCGUGCUGACUCGGGAUAUUUCGCCGACCCUAUUGCGCUGUGCAUGGGCGCUGAGAGGAGGUGAUAACGAAUCCGUGUCUAGUGACGUAACGGUGAUAUGCGCUCGGGUAGGAUUGAUUUAAUUAUCGAGAGGUUCUGUUCAGUCGGAUGCCAGCCUUGCAGUGGAAAGCAUGUACUAAAAUCCCUCGUGGAACUAAGCGCACUGAUGUGGCUCGAACAGCAAAUAGUAAACAAUUCCUGAAAUUCCCGUACAAAAUCCCUCUCAAUCACGUGUGUUCUAGUGGUGCGGUGUAUUUCUGUGUGUGCCCUUGUUCCUAACUCACGGUGUAUCUCAUUCCGUUUCAGUGAGCGUAUAGUGCCUUCGCGUACCGGUGUUGCGGUGUUCCUCUCGGUGGCAAGCAAACAGUCGAAGAAUUAAUAAGGCCUUUUGGCUGCCAUUUAGAAACCGCGAGGGUCUUUUCGGUGCAAUUGUGACUGGGCGUGCGUGUGUGUGUCACUGAGGUGUUCUUUUGUUUGAAGUUUAGCUUUUUUCAAACUGUGCAACACUGCGCACCGGACUGUCAUUAAUCCAUCGCUCGAUUAUGCUUCAAAGCCAAAGACCCACAGCUUAUGCGCGUGAUUGUGUGCGUACGCCGAUAUGAAUAAAGUGUGUGAGUAAGCGUGAAGUGCCCAGUGAGGUCGGUUAGAAUCAAAUAAAAGCGUUAUUGCGGGAGCUUUGUGGUGGUGCAUAACUUUGUGCGCCUUCCAAAAAAAAAACCAAGCGAAAAGUCGAGAGUCGCCUUUCAACAGACAGCAGAGGUAUGGCCUACCUUUCCGAUGUGGAUCUCGCAACGUUACACCAGUCACGCCUCGAAGAGCGCGUACAGUAUCGGCUGUCUGCGCUGUGGACGCAUGCUACGGAACAGCGCCGAGAACAACAGUCACUGGCGGCAGCAGGUGCGGUGUCGUCAUCAGCAGCAGCAAUGUUUGGUGAUCGUGAAUCGGCAAAGCUCAGGGACGCUGGCGCUGGGAUCACCGUGCGGCCCCAAGCGCACCCAAGAGCCAGUGAUAUAGUGAACAAUAACGUGGUGGACAGGUGUCCACAAGAAGCGACUCCAGCGAUUGUUAAGGGAGGUUCUCAGCAAGAGCAAAAGCUCACCACAAUGGAACGACCGCUCCAUCAGCAGCAGCAGCAGCAGCAGUACAGCUUCAACGGUCAUGUGAUACGCCCUAGGAUAAGAAGUAGCAACAGCAUGUCCAGCAGCAGCUCGACGGCUUCCAACUAUCAUCACCAUCAUCAGCAGCAUCAUGCGAGCAACGGUAGCAACAGCGGCGGCAAACACGUCGAGUGGAGCGAUGACGAUCAUCUGCACGACGAUGGGUACUUCUCGUCCGACACACGCCGAAGAAGGUCCGGUACCUGGCCGCGAACACGAAGUUUGAAUGCACCGUCACCGUUUCAACAAUUUGGACCAUGCGGUCGGAUUAUGAAAAACUCGGCGAUGGUGAUGCAAAUCCAGGAUCCAGCCAGCCAACGGUUAACGUGGUACAAACCACCGCUGGCCGUGCUGGUCAUUAAGAAGGUUCGUGACUCGAAGGUGCUACAACCGUUCGUCCAGCUGGUCGAGUGGUUGAUCCACGAGAAGCAUAUGGUCGUCUGGGUGGAAGCGGCAAUUCUGGACGAUGCACUGCUCACCGGCGACAAGCGUUUUACCAAGCUGCAGGAUAAGCUGAUCACGUUUAAGGAUGGGCGCGAUGAUCUGACCGAUAAGAUCGAUUUCAUCAUCUGUCUCGGUGGUGAUGGGACGCUGCUGUACGCGUCGCUCCUGUUCCAGAAGUCGGUACCGCCCGUUAUGGCAUUCCAUCUGGGGUCGCUCGGAUUCCUGACACCGUUCCAGUUCGACAACUUCCAGGAGCAGGUGACGAACGUGCUGGAGGGACACGCGGCACUAACGUUACGCAGCCGGCUGCGGUGUAUCAUCGUGCGCAAGGACAAAACGGAGCAGGAGAUCUCCACGUUCAAAUCGUCACAGGAUCCGUCGACGAACAUACUGGUGCUCAAUGAAGUUGUAAUAGAUCGGGGCCUGUCGUCCUACCUGAGCAACAUCGAUCUGUUUCUGGACGGUAAGCACAUCACAUCGGUACAGGGCGACGGGCUGAUCGUGUCAACGCCGACUGGCAGUACGGCCUAUUCGGCUGCCGCCGGUGCCUCGAUGAUUCAUCCAUCCGUGCCCGCUAUCCUCGUGACGCCCAUCUGUCCCCAUUCGCUCAGCUUCCGGCCCAUCGUACUGCCAGCGGGAGUGGAGCUAAAGAUUGCAAUAUCGCCCGACAGUCGAAACAGUUCUUGGGUGUCGUUUGAUGGUCGAAAUCGCCAGGAGCUCCUUCACGGUGACAGCCUUCACGUCACAACCUCUAUCUACCCGGUGCCAAGUAUAUGUGCGCAGGAUCAGAUCGCCGAUUGGUUUGAUUCGUUGGCCGAAUGUCUGCAUUGGAACGUGCGCAAGCGACAGAAGUGUCUGGAUGAGCUGUCCGACCUUACCGGUUCCGGUACGGAGGAUAGCGCCAUCGAUGACAUCGUGCGCGGUAUGGAGAACCUCGAGAAUUGAUCGGCUGCCCGUAAUUGCGUGUAGGAGCUGCCAAGAUCAAAUCUGAAGCCUGCCGUACUCUGCGACAAACGAAAAAGUAAGCGGUAGAGAAGAGGAGGAAUACAAAGUGAUCAAGAACGUAAAAGCAAUCGUUAGCCGAAGGGAGUGUUGUAACUUUCCGUGUAUUCGUGCGUGCGUGUGUGUGUGUGUGCGUGAGAGAAGAUCCUUCAUUCAUAUUUAGGAAGAAGGGCAGUAGCGAAACAGAAACGAAGCGGAAGAAUUAGUUGCGGAUCUCAGGCCGAGUUUGAUGAAGAAAAGCGCGCAGAAAGGUAUUUCCUGUUGGAAUGUUGCUUUUUCUUUUAAUUUCCAUCCAAGCGAACCGCUUUCGAGGACUUCAAAGCUUCAAUGCAUGGAAAUGGAUAGUUCUAUGGAUCGAAGCUGGUUGGGGUUGUUGUUUGAUAUUAAUGUUUCGUUUCGUCACCAAUGUCGUGUUCACCAAGAAAUGGGGAUGGAUGUGUGAUUGUUUGCGGGAAGCGUAUUCGUAGUGUGUGUGUGUGUGUGUAACCUAAAGCUUGUUCGCACUUGUGGGCAGCGUUUUUUUGUUAAGUUUUGGGAUGUGAUGUUCUCAAGGAGAGCGCAAUGGGAAGAUAUAUGCUUCAAUAGUGUAUAAGAGCUAAAGCGAACGGUUUAAACAAACAAACAAAAAAUGGUUCUUUUACAAUCGCAGGUUGUUUUAUCACCUUUUUAUUCAUCAACUCAGCUCAAAUUUCUGUCGAAACUGCGUACUGUCAUCUAAGCGCCGAUCGCGGAGAAAAGUGUGGCACAAAUAGGAACAAAUAGCUCAGAACGUACGAACCUAAUGGGUAAAACGCAAAGUUACCGACAUCCAACAGAUGAUGAGCGGGCCAAAAGGAGAGCGAUGAUAAUGUGCUGGCUUAAUAUGUUACGUAGUGAUAAAAGCCAACGUUUUAAAGCUCUGUAGCUGCUUGAAUAGUGUCGUUUUAUUUCUGUUUGGCGAGGAUUCCUUUUUGCUUUCUAACAAUUCCCUUUGACGUGGCUAAACCGUGCAAAGCGAAGGGUGUGUGAAUAGGAAUGAAAGGGCUUAGCAUGAUAGGGAGAGCGAGUUAGAAAUACGUGGAAGGUUCUGUGCAAGGUUUGGUUUAAACGGUACACGAUAAGGUACGCAAAACAAGCAAGUGUAAGAUCGAUCAAGUUGCGGUCGGGUGGGAAUGGGAUGUGGAAUGAAAUUCGUGUUGAUGCUGAUAGAGAAUUUAUAAAAAAAACUCAUGUGGGCGGAAAAAGACAAAAAAAAAAACACACACACAACGGGAGAGAAUGAAUGAAACAAAUAUAUAAGUAUACUAUUUAAUAAACGCGAGCAUAAUGUGUACAAUCGCAAA